UGCUCAGCAUUGCGUCUUUUUUUUUUACUUUUCUAUUUUUCUAUUUUUUCUAUUCUUGUUUUUAUAUAUAUUUUUGAGUUUUCGAUAUUCAAAAGCUUCUCCUUCCCUUUCUCCUAUGGCUUGUUGGUGUUGUUGUGCUUUGGUAAUCCAGGGUCGCUUUAUUCUUUUCUGUUAUCUAGAGAAUUACCCUAUUGCAGGGAUAAAUCAGGUACUAGAUUACACUUCCAGCGUACUUUGCAUCAGGGGUGGAUUUGUCUCUGGUGAGUUGUGUUUUUUUUUUUUUUUUUUUUUUCUUCCCGACAUCCCCCCUCUCUCUUUCCAUUUGCAGAUUGCUAAUUGUCCGGGAAAUUUAGGCCUCUGUAAUUACGGUCAUAACUCCAUUUUAAAAGAAAACAGUAUAGCUCUAAUCUCAUUUUAUAUAACCUGAUUUAUCCCUAAACGUGAUUCCUUCUGCUCCAUAUGUCACU